GGGUCAUAUUAAUGGCAUGUUAAUUGUUCCAACGCAUUAGCGUUUCCAUAGAAACGACUCAUUCACAGGAAAUUUGAUAGUCCUGCUAGGAUUCUACCUUUUUUUUUUUUCUUUCUAUGUGUUUCCCUGUUUUCCCCACAAGAUGUCACCACCGUGCCCCUGUGUCCUUUAAUUACAUACCUAUUGUUUCCACCUGUGUCCCGUUAGCGCCAGGUGCAUUUCAUUUCCUCUUUUGCUUCAGGCUUAACAGUUGAAGUUGUGCUCUCCAUUUCCUUGGUCCAUGUUUGGGUUCUCCUGCAUUUUCUUGUGUUUCCCAGGAAGCCAGAGUGCCCUUGGAGGACGUGUGCAGGAUGUCCAGUGGGACAUUUUGACUGAACCCCCAUGCCCCUCUGUAACCCAGAAGACGGCCUCUCACUCUUAUAAGCUCCGCCUCUCUCUUGGCCAGCCACCAUUAGUCUUGAUGAGGAACCCUGUCAUCGGUGAUGUGAUGAACAAGUUUGAGGUGCUUGGGAUCGUCGGGGAAGGAGCAUACGGAGUCGUGCUCAAAUGCAGACACAAGGAGACUAAUGAAAUCGUGGCUAUUAAGAAGUUCAAGGACAGCGAAGAGAAUGAGGAUGUGAAGGAGACGACGAUGCGGGAGCUGAAGAUGCUCCGCACGCUCAAGCAGGAAAACAUCGUGGAGCUGAAGGAGGCGUUCCGGCGCCGGGGGAAACUCUACCUGGUGUUUGAGUAUGUGGAGAAGAACAUGCUGGAGCUGCUGGAAGAGCUGCCUAAUGGAGUGCCGCUUGAAAAAGUGAGGAACUACAUCUACCAGCUAAUCAAAGCCAUCCACUGGUGCCAUAAGAAUGACAUAGUGCACAGGGACAUUAAGCCAGAAAACCUCCUAAUCAGCUCAGAUGAUGUGCUCAAGCUGUGCGAUUUUGGGUUCGCACGUGACCUCUCGGAAGGGACGGACGCCAAUUACACCGAGUAUGUGGCCACCAGGUGGUACCGCUCACCUGAACUACUGCUGGGAGCUCCGUACGGGAAGGCAGUGGAUAUGUGGUCGGUGGGGUGCAUUCUGGGUGAGCUGAGUGACGGACAGCCCUUGUUUCCAGGCGAGAGCGAGAUAGAUCAGCUCUUCACUAUACAGAAGGUUCUGGGACCCCUGCCUCCAGAGCAGAUGAAGCUUUUCUACAACAAUCCCCGCUUCCACGGCCUACGGUUCCCGACAGUGAGCCACCCACAGACUCUGGAGAGAAGAUACCUUGGCAUUAUCAUCGGCCCCAUGCUGGACCUAAUGAAGAAUCUCCUGCUUUUGAACCCGAACGAGCGUUUCCUCACGGAGCAGAGUCUGAACCACCAUGUAUUCCAGAGCCAGCGGCAGACAGAUCGACCCGGCCCCCCGACCCCUACGCCCAUCCGGUCGUCUAAGAGAAAACCCCAUCUUGACAACACCGUUCUCAGCAGGAGUCAUGGCAGUAAGAGCUCAGGACACCAUCGUUCCAACAGCCGGGACUGUUCUAGCCUACCGCGUCAUAACCAGGCCGAGCUGCACCCCCAGAGUGCUGAAUCGUUCCUGAAUGGUGCCGUUUCAACAUCCAGCAGCCUGAGCCCCACACUGCACGCCAAAUCUUUUCACUCCCCCCAGCCCCUGAACCGCUCUGCGUCUUGUGGCAAAGACCUGGCCUCGCUCAGCCCCAAGAAAGCGCGAGGCAAAGCAUCCGACCUGGACUUUGACUUGCCCAAAGUGUCUGAUGGCCCCGGCGCCAAAUACCUCAAAUCCAAUGCUUCGCGCUCCCACAACCGCCAUUCAUUCGUGGAGGGCAAGAAUAAUACAUUGCAAGGAGAACGGGAGAAGCACAUACGCCAUGGCGAACCAAUGCCUCUGAACUCAAACACCAAAAGUUCGUCAUCGUUUAUGAGUCUGUCCAAGAGUCAUGGUGCACUGACUGACGCCAAGUCAAUCAGUAAUUUAAGCGAUCCACGACUUCUUCAAGAUGAUGGACCCAUACCCUCGCGAUACUUCCCUUCCAGCUGCCUGGACCUGAAUGCCAAUCUGAACCUGGCGGCACCCGGGAGCCCUGCCUUGCGUCACAGCCCUGGGGGGCGUGCCAAGUCUGAGCGGCAGGUCGGCAUGGUGGACUCGUCGCUCCGGCGCUCAUCAACGCGCCACAAGGGCCAGCAGCAGGACGAGACCAAAGCCACAGAAACCCUCGAUCCUGGGGGAGGAGCUCGUGACUUCCCCUAUGGCCUGGGCUACACCAGCCCUUUCUCAUCACAACAGCGCCCACACAGGCACUCUAUGUACGUCCGCCGGGAGCGGAGUCGACCACACGGAGCUGACUUAGGCCUGGUACUGGGGCAGAGCGCUCCGGCUCGUGCCAGCAGCCUCCAGAUGCUCUCACCACAGCUGCAGCACCGCACGCUACCAAGGCACGUAGGCAGCUCUGGCAGCCGUGAUGAUCCCCCUGAUGACAUCAGGGCAGCCAUGUAUCACGAGCAGCAUCCAGAGGAUGGAGGCCCAUCCAAGGAGAACCGCAUGGUCUACAGUGACUCAAUGCCACGUCGGGUUGGCAGCUUCUACAGAGGUCAGUUGCCAUCCCCUAGACCGGAUAACACUUUCCAUGAGGGCAGCGGCCAGAGCUCAGGGGUGAACAUGGAGAGCAGCAGCCACACCAAACGCCAGCCCACCUAUGACCCCUGGACGGGCCCCGAGGCACUGGAUUUGGGUCCUCCAGAACCAGCCAAAGAGAAGGAGAAGCAAGGCUUUUUCAGAGCAAUAAAGAAAAAGAAGAAGAAACCUCCAGCGGUCGAUGCCGGAGAAGCCAGAGGUCCUGUGAUCAAGAAAUCUCUUUUUCCUCUGUCUAGCUCAAAGCCUAGCUUUAUCAAACAUAACUCCUCAGAGAGAGUACUCCCUCUAGUGGCCACACCCAUGGUCCUGAACGAGGGACCAGAUCAGGUGGUGGUGCAGAAAUCGUCCCGGGGUUUUGGGCAGCAGGGCAGCAGCAGACACCGGACACGCAGCCGAGACCGGGAGAGGAGUAGAGAUCGCGAUCAGGAGCAGGAGAGAGACAGAGACGAGUGGCCGGCCGAGAGGCUCGCUGAACCUCACUCUCAGCCUCUCAGGUCUCUUCGCAAGCUUCUUCAUCUCCCUGCCUCGUCCUCCAGCAAACCCUCUACACCAGACAUGCGUUUCUCUCACGGCAACCCCACGUCUAAAGGAGGAAGCUUUGUGGAGUCUCGGGGUCACGUUGGAGCAGGAGGAUCUGGAGGACCAAAUCCGCCCAUGUCUCGCCAGGGCGCCUAUCCUCACGCUGGUCAGCUGGAAUCCACAUGGCACUCGUCAGCUCUGGGACGAGGGGAGGGAAACCCGUACCCAGAGCAGCUGGCAUCCAAAGCCGGCCAGAACGGGCACGGCUUCGUCCGCUCGUCACGCUCACGCAUGCCUAACCUCAACGACCUGAAAGAGACCGCACUUUAAACCGAGCCUGUUUCUCACAUAUAGCGCCGCCUGGAGAGCUGGAGGGGUAGAGCAAGAGCAAACACUGAUGUAUGCUUUUCAUGAACAAUAAGGGUAGGCCUAGACAUGUCUUAAACUUUUUCUUUUCUUUUUUUUAUUUUAUCUUCCAUAUUUAAUAGAGUUUGUAAUAUUAUUUACGUAUUGUAUUUACUUUAUUGUAUUUUUUGUUAUCAGAGAAAUACGAUUGAAACGAAUAUAUAUAUAUAUAAAAUAUAUCUUGUUAAGUAUAAGAUGUAAAUAAUAAUUCUAAUUCUAUUAUUGUGCAUAUAAUAAUUCUUAUAUUUGAUUAAGAAUGUCAAAUGUUUGUGUAUGAAAUCUGAGUUUAUAAAGAGGUAAGAAUAUCGUUACAAUGCGCAUCACAACUUUCUGUUACUUUUAUAUCUAAACUGAUUCAGUGGACUCGGAAGAGAGUCAGACAAGAGUCGGGGGAGAGUCAGACGAGAGUCAGACGAGAGUCAGACAAGAGUCAGGCGCUCUCAGACUCUUGUUCUGGACGACCAGUUAGCUGAUAAAAUGCAAAUAUGGAGUCGGACGAGAGUCAAUUAGAAGUCAGACGAGAGUCGGACGUUCUCAGACGCUUGUCUAGGAUGACCUGUUAGCUAAUAAAAAUGCAAAUGUGUAUUUAGAUGACAGUCGGGCAAGAGUCGUAUGAGUGUCGGUGAGAGUCGGCCGAGAGUCAGACGAGAGUUGGGCGACAGUCAGACGAGAGUCGAACAAGAGUCAGACGCUCUCAAACUCAUGUCUAGCACAACCAGUUAGCUGAUAAAAUGCAAAUGUGGAGAAGGACGAGAGUCAGACGAGAUUCAGACGAGAGAAAGAUGCUCUCAGACGCUUGUCUAGGACGACCAGUUAGCUAAUAAAAUGCAACUUGUAACAUUUCUCAAAGCUUUUAAAAGCACUGUAGGGCAUGACACAUACCAAAUCCAUUUUACAGAACUAUACCACCAUCUGCUGGCCAUAGCUAUUCACUACACACAAUCACAGCCAAACAAAAACGAAUAAUAAUAAUAAUAAUUUUUUUUUUUUUUAAGCAAAAUUGCUGCAAACAUAUGCAGUAUCUUCUCAUAUGUAAAAGCCAGAUGCCAUUUGUAUAUUCUCAGGUUUAGUGUUAGAUAAACACUGUAAAUAUUAUUUUAUUGCAAUAUUUUAAGACCAACACAGGAAAAAAACUAGUUUUUCAAUUUCCUUCUAGGGAUAAACACUUAUAUGAAUGUUCGAAGGGGACGUUAGAAGCAAGAAGGAUGCUUAAUGCAAUACAUUAAUCAAUGAAUUAAUCAUCAGUGCAUCAUGACAAAGGAUUUUCUUUGGAUGGGGUGCCAAUAUUUAAGCCACUAAAGAUUUUGCUUAUGGAAGCAGGGAAAAAGAGGGAUAUUGCAGGGGUGGACAAAUCAUAAAUGAAUGAUAGUUUGGAAAUGAUUUGGUCUGGACAGAAAACUAAUUAUCUAGACUAGACUGUUUUUCACAGUUUACUAGUUUAGAGCUGUAAUACAAAGCAAAGAUGUAGAAAAAAAAUGAGUGCGUUUUCAGAUGUCCACAGAGAAUCCUGUAGUCUUUAUUCUCUAUGAUGUCGCAUAUCAUGGUUUUUGGAGGAACGUGAGCAGAAGAGGUCAUCAAAAUGGUUGCAAGUCUACAUCAUUUUGUCUGGCAGUGCUGGAGAGGUUGUGUAUGUGUGUGAAAGUCAUAGCAAUAGAAUUUUAUAAGAGUUUUAUUUGUUUUAUUUUUUUUACUGUAAUGAUUUGGGUUUGGUUUCAUCAGUCGUUCUUUAUCACUGCCUGUUUGCAAUCCUGAAGAAAUCCAAAUGUCCGGUUAAGCAAAUGCAUUAUGAUGACCAGGACACAGCACGGGAUUGUCAUGAGGCAGGAACUGCUAGUAGUUAUGUUCGAUUUAAAUAGAAUUAAUAAGUGGGAAAUCUGUGCUAGAAAGCCAAAAUAUCAGUGAUUGAUGUCUCAACCGACUACGAAUUUACAAAAGCACUUACAUACAAAAAACUUGGGCUGUUAAUUUGUCCACCCCUAGUUUAAUUUCUUUAAAUGGGCGAUUUGUAAUCUUUAGAAGGACACGAAAGCAUUAAAAUAAUUUCCCAUAUAUAAUAAUCUGUCCAAGUUGUUUUUCAGGGCACAAGUAUUGAGCUCUGUUUGUGGGCGGAGCUCAUUUCAAGGCUGUAAAAAAAACAUCCAAAGUCUGAUUCUGAGAAAUGUAGACAGAUCGAAUUGAUUGCAAAACUGAAAAUUACAUUUCUAGCUGUGCAGCUCUAACUGUAGGUGGAGCUCUAACUGUAGGUGGUGCUCUAACUGUAGGUGGAGCUCUAACUGUAGGUGGAGCUCUAACUGUAGGUGGCGCUCUAACUGUGGGUAAAGCUCUAUCUGUAGGUGAAGUUCUAGCUGUGGGUGGAGCUCUAACUGUUGAUGAAGCUCUAGCUGUGGGUGGAGCGCUAGGUGUGGGUGGAGUUCUAGCUGUAGGUGGAGCUCUAACUGUUAAUAAAGCUCUAGCUGUGGGUGGAGCUCUAAAUUUUGGUAAAGCUCUAGCUGUGGGUGGAGCUCUAAAUGUUGGUGAAGCUGUAGCUGUGGGUGGAGCGCUAACUGUGGGUGGAGUUCUAGCUGUGGGUGGAGCUCUAAAUGUUGGUGAAGCUGUAGCUGUGGGUGGAGCUCUAGCUGUGGGUGAAGCUCAAAAUUUUAGUGAAGCUGUAGCUGUGGGUGGAGCUCUAGCUGUGGGUGGAGCACUAAAUGUUGUUAAAGCUCUAGCUGUGGGUGAAGCUCUAAAUGUUGGUGAAGCUCUAGCUGUGGGUGGAGCUCUAAAUGUUGGUGAAGCUGUUGCUGUGGGUGGAGCUCUAGCUGUGGGUGGAGCUCUAAAUGUUAGUCAAGCUGUAGCUGUGGGUGGAGCUUUAGCUGUGGGUGGAGCUCUAAAUGUUGGUGAAGCUGUAGCUGUGGGUGGAGCUUUAGCUGUGGUUGGAGCUCUAAAUGUUGGUGAAGCUCUAACUGUGGGUGAUGCUUGUUUCAGGGCCAGAAAUAAAACCCAAUAAAUGAAGAAAUGGCAACACGGAGAAUUACACGCAGUUCAUAUUUCCGAAACAAUACGACUUGACAAUUGCGUGUCUAGAAAUGUUACAAACCGCCCCUUUAAAAGAGACCUGGUCAGCUGACUUUAAUAAAAGCUUUUUGAUAUUGUGAGAUCAUUAGAAGAAGGUUCGAGCUUCUUUAACAUUACCGACAUAAACACCAGCAUCGUACAACAUAUAUCAGGAGUUUUUUGAUAAACGGAGACACCCCAUAAAAUGAACAACCUCCCGCUGAUACACCUUACACCGCCGAGAGUCUAUAGCCUUAACUCAGACAACAAAAUAAACAAACACACCAACGAUAACAAACAAACACUCUACGCAACGUCAUAGAACGACUCGGUUUCCUUAACAGUGCACUUUAAAUAAAAGGUAAAAAAAAAAAAACUAGACGAGAUGUUUAUGAGCUGAACAAGCUUCUGUCUCUUGAUGCGGUGUACAGUAAUAACCAAACGUGUAACUGGGUAUAACAUCCUAUCUUAGGAGUCUUUUUUUCUAUAUCGUAUUUGUGAUAUAUGCAGUAAAUAUUUAUAUAUUCCAGGUACUGCAGCUUAACAGUGGAACUCAUGGUUGUCUCUGUUGGAUGUGUGGAACCUGGGAUGGAAAAAAACUAGGGGGGGGGGUUACAGUAGACUCUGGAACAUACGACAUUAAUACUAACGUGUGACUAUUUGUUUUGGUUCAAUUUAGAUCAGCAGGAUUGAAAUUAGGGGGAAAAAAAAAAGACGAACGCUUGAAUAGAAAACCCGGUAGCAUAGAUCGUUAAUGUUCUCAUCUUCAGUGGCGAGUGUUCAUUCGUAAAAUGGGUAAAAACCGCCGUCACGAGGGAGACGUUCGCUUCUCAAUACUGUUUCCUGUUUACACCCUGUUAUUGGACAGUAAUCUCUCAAUAAACCUUGUGGACUCUAUUUUGAUUUCACAAAAAAAAGGAA